UUUAAUAAAGAAAACAAUCCAGUCACACUUAGCCCAGUAGCGGUUAAAAUAAAGGAAGAAAAAUCGAGACACAUUUCUUUUUUCCAGUUUAAGUGCAUUUGUAUUACCUUAUACAAUAAUCCAGGGGGAAAAAAUGGUCCUUGAAAUCGAGGAUAAGGGUCAGUUUGACAAAGCUCUGAAGAAUGCUGGUUCUAAACUGGUCGUUGUGGAUUUCACAGCUACGUGGUGUGGGCCAUGCAAAUCAAUUGCCCCAUUUUUUGAUGCACUUGCUGAAAAAUAUAAAGAUGUCGUGUUUCUAAAAGUUGAUGUGGAUGAGGCUCAGGAUGUGGCUGAAGAGUGUCAAAUCAAGUGCAUGCCAACAUUCCAGUACUACAAAAAGGGCAAAAGGAUCGAUGAGUUUGCAGGAUCCAACAGGGAGACGCUAGAACAAAAGAUUGUGGUUAAUAAGUAAAAGUAUAUUAACAAAAAUAUGAAUAUUUCAUAUUUUUGUUCUUCAAACUGUUUACAAUAAACUCUUUUUUGUUGUUGUUGAUCACAUCACUGCAGUACUACAAUCACACUACAUGCAUUCACAGUUUGUUGGCUUAGUGGAUCAGGAAAGUUUAAAAAAAAUUCCCUCAGACAUUCUUUAAAUAUGGGUUAUCAGAUUUGGAUUCAAUUAAUAAAAUAAAUCAAUGCUCGGCUCUCUGUUAGAUUUUACAGUAAUAAAGGGGGACAAGUUUAAUUUUUAACUGUAAACCUUUUAUGUAUUUCUAAAUUAUAUUUUCUGACUAUGGAAAGCUGUUGUGGCAAACAAUAACUGAAUAUUAGCUAGUCAGACAGACCUGAAUAAAACAUUUUUAA